AUAUCGAUCACUUCAGUGGCAGCUUAUAAAUUGGUAGGAUCAACUGCAACGUUAAUUUCAAGAUUCACCCUGUCUUUUUGGCAUUCUUCAGUACCAUAUAUAUGGCUGCUAAUGCUAAUACUGAUGAAGUUGGAAACCCCCAUGAGAGGAAGUGGAAAAUGCCACUAGGCGUUUUCUUCCAUGACGCAAGACUCGUUUUCAAAAUGGAUUCACUUGGUCGGGAGAUUCUCAAAAUUGCCUUCCCCGCUGCCGUGGCAUUGGCUGCUGAUCCCAUUGCUUCCCUCAUUGACACUGCCUUCAUUGGCCGUCUUGGACCUGUGGAGCUGGCUGCUGUGGGAGUUUCCAUAGCCAUAUUCAAUCAGGCAUCCAAGAUCACAACUUUUCCGGUUCUUAACAUUACUACAUCUUUUGUUGCCGAAGAGGAUACCAUUAAGAGACUUAACAUGGAAGCAGAAAAUGAGAAAAUCAAAGAGUUGGCCCCGGUGGAAGCCAUUGCUGAUAACAUGGAAAAAGGCAUUGAUAUGAGUAGUUCAGAUAAGAAUGAGAAAACAGAGGAGUUGAAGCCAGAAGAUGCUGAUAACUUGGGAAAUGCUGCUCCUACAAAUGUUGAUACCAUAGAGACAGAAAAUGAUACAAAGACAAAUAUUGCAUGCAAGUCUUCCUCUUCACCUGCUGGCAAAAGUGGUGAAAAAGCUAAACCCAUCAAGAAAGAGAAGAAACAUAUCCCUUCUGCAUCAACAGCAAUAAUUAUUGGCCUAACUCUUGGUGUAUUGCAAGCUCUUCUUCUCAUCUUUGCAGCCAAACCCCUCCUAGGUCUAAUGGGCGUGAAGCAUAAUUCCCCAAUGUUAGCCCCUGCACAAAAAUACUUGAUAUUGAGAUCAUUAGGAGCUCCUGCAAUUCUUCUAUCUUUGGCCAUGCAAGGGGUCUUUCGAGGGUUUAAGGAUACAAAAACACCUCUAUAUGCCACUGUCGCGGGAGACGUGAUGAAUAUCAUUUUGGAUCCAAUACUUAUCUUUGUCCUUCAUCUUGGAGUCACCGGUGCUGCCAUUGCACAUGUUGUAUCUCAAUACUUAAUCUCAUUGAUCCUCCUCUGCCGAUUGGUAAAGGAAGUUAAUCUCUUACCUCCGAUGAUGAAAGACUUGCAGUUUGGUCGGUUCCUUAAAAAUGGUUUUAUGUUAUUGACGAGAGGAAUAGCAGUGACAUUCUGCGUGACACUGGCAGCAUCACUGGCUGCACGGCUAGGUGCAACACCAAUGGCUGCAUUUCAGAUCUGCUUACAGGUUUGGCUCACCUCAUCACUUCUUGCUGACGGAUUAGCCGUAGCCGGGCAGGCACUUCUUGCUUGUGCAUUUGCUGAGAAGAAUAUGAAGAAGGUGACAUCCACUGCAACUAGAGUAUUGCAGAUGAGUUUUGUUCUAGGAAUGGCACUCUCGGUGGUUGUUGGACUUGGUCUAUACUAUGGAUCCGGAAUCUUUUCCAGGGAUCCUAAGGUUUUACAAAUUAUAUGCAUAGGAGUACCGUUUGUAGCAGCUACACAACCAAUCAAUUCAAUAGCCUUUGUUUUUGAUGGGAUAAACUUCGGAGCAUCUGAUUUUGCGUACACUGCUUACUCCAUGACACCUAUUCUCAACCCCUGUAGGCCGCCGCUGCUGCUUAAUGACGUGGAGAAACGAGGCCUCUGGGUUGGGCCCUCGCAGUACUACUUGUAUUAACAUUUAACAAAACUAAAUCACACACGUCGUUAGGGGCUUAUAUAGCUGAAAUCCAAAACAAGAAGUGGAUUUUAAAGUUUCAACGACCCCUUUUGAAAGCUGUUAAUUUCCUGCUGCACAGAUGGGAUAUAAGUUACAAGGAUGUUUUUAAUUUGUGCUUUAAAAUCAUAUAUUAAGGAUAUUUUAUUUAAUAAAAUUAUACAAAGAAA